GGGCAUUGUGGGUAAACAUCUCGCCACUGGUGUGUACGAUUUGUUUUGUGAUGAUGGGUGUGACGCGAGAAUAGCAGUCAUUAAAAUGUGGAACCAAACCAUACUCGACGAAAGAGAAGAUUUGAAGUUUGGAAUCCAAUGCGAACACCCUAUAACGAUUAAAGCAAAGUACAGCAGAUUUGGAAAACUGUAACAGAAAUGAAAAAUGCUGGGGAGGGUCUGGUUGCAUCUCCAGAGAGAUAAACCGUAUGAACAUUUCAGGUUUGUUGUGACUCAUCUUCAGAACAGGAUCACACCAGGAUCUGUUGGAGUCGCCCAAUUUAUCACAACCUGAAAAUCCUCGGAUAUUGAACAUGGAAGGAGAAAGCACUGUUCACAGUAGAGAGAAACCGUACAUGAGUUCUGUGUGUGGACAAGGAUUCAGACAGUCAUCUGGCCUGUUGAAACACAAGUGCAGUCACGUUGGGGAGAAACUGCGGAAAAGUGGGGACUGCAAGGAGGCAUUCAGUUACAUUUCUGAUCCGGAAAUUCACCAACGUGGUCACACUGAGAAAUGGCCAUUUAUCUGUUCCAUAUGUGGGAAGGUAUUCACUCAAUCGUCCAUGCUGCUGACACACCAGCGCGUUCACACUGACCCUUUCAAAUGCCAAGAUUGUGGGAACUGCUACAAACGUUCCAGCGAACUGAUGUCCCACCUACGUGUUCACACUGACGAGAGACCCUUUAAAUGUUCAGUUUGUGGGAAGUGUUUUAAAAGUUCCGGGGAACUGGUACGUCAUCAAAGUGUUCAUACUGAGGAGAGACAGUUCAAGUGCUCUCACUGUGGGACUGGGUUCAGCCGACCAUAUGAUCUCCGUGCACACCAGAGAGUUCAUACUGGGGAGAGGCCAUUCACCUGCACAGAGUGUGGGAAGGGAUUUACUCGGACAUCCAGCCUGUUGAAACACCAGCGGGUUCACACUGAGGAGAGGCCUUUCAAAUGCCCAGACUGUGGGAAGGGCCAUAUAGGUUCCACCGAGCUGAUGUCCCAUCAACGUGUUCACUCUGAAGAGAGACCGUUCAGGUGCUGUCACUGUGGGACUGGAUUCAGAUGGUCAUCUGACCUCCGUGUACACCAGCGAAUGCAUACUGGGGAGAGGCCAUUCACUUGUACGGAGUGUGGGAAGGGGUUCUCUCGGUCAUUUUACCUCAUGACGCACCAGCGAGUUCACACUGGAGAAAGGCCAUUCACCUGCUCAGUGUGUGGGAAGGGAUUCACUCAGUCAUCUCACCUCAUGGCACACCAGCGAGUACACACUGAGGACAGACCUUUCAAAUGCCCAGACUGUGGGCAGUGCUAUAAAAGUUCCAAGGCUCUGUUGUCUCAUCAACAUGUCCACACUGACGAGAGACCUUUUAAAUGUCCAGUUUGUGGGAAAUGCUUUAAAAGUUCUGGAGAUCUGAUGCGUCAUCAACGUAUUCACACUGACGAUAGACCGUUCAAGUGCUCUCGCUGUGGGACUGGGUUCAGGCGAUCAUCUGACCUCAGUGUACACAAGCGAAUUCACACUGGAGAAAGACCAUUCCCCUGCUCUGAGUGUGGGAAGGGAUUCACAACCAAAUCCAAUCUGCUGAUACAUCAGCGAGUUCACAAUGGGGAGAGGCCAUUUACCUGCUCAGUGUGUGAGAAGAGAUUCACUCAGUCAGCUCACCUGCUUCGGCACCAGCGACUUCACAAGUGACUGCAGCGGGGACUGGAUUUUGCUGUUAACCACAACUAGAAUGGAGCUAUGUUCAUCAGGGUCAAUUUCUGCUGAUGUUUAGCUCAGUCACAAGUGCUAAUAUUUGGCAAAAUAGUCAGAUAAAUCAGUUUUGUGUUCAACACAGAGUCUGCCUAUUUUAACAUUCUUUACACUUCACUUUGAAGAGGUCUCCCUGUCUCCUUCUCUUCAUCAACUUAUCACUAAGAUUGAGACAAUCUGAUCAGCUGCCUCUAUUUCUUCCUCACCCACCACUAGCCCAUCGGACAAACUCACUCCAAUUUUCUCUUUCUUUGAAACCUGCUCCAGCUUCUCUCCUAUUUGAGAGAAUCCACAAAAACGCAAAAGGAAAGUUAUGAAAUUGAUCUGAAUGAAUCUGGACAUUUGGGGCCAUUGGGAAAAGAAGGUGACCAUGAAAGCUACCAGACUGUUGUAAAAACCCAACGAGAGAGAGAGAGGGAGAGGGAGAGAUGGAGGUAGGGAAAACAGGGAGCAAUAGAGAGGGACUUUACAUCUCCAGAACACAGCCAAGGCUUUGAGAAAAUCUCCCAGACCGUCAUGUCCCACCUCCUGGAAGGACUAGAGGAGCAGCUGGAUGUGAACAUCAUUACUUCCAGGUUCCCUCCAUCUCACAUACUGUCCCCAUAUUUUGGACAUCAGAACUGGAUGAACAGAAAUUUCCUCUAAUCAAAUACUAAGGAAGACCGGUGCCAUGGUCUUCAGUUCCAUCACGAUCUCCACUCCCUUGCUGCCAACUCCAUCCCUCUCCCCCUAGGCAACUGUCUGAGUUUCUACACAAGCAGGGCAUGGUAUUUUACUCCAAGAUGAGCUUCCAACUAUCUCCCCCUGCCCCACCUCACAAUGCUGCACGAUCUCUGCUCCUCUCUAAUUUCGGGUCACAGACAGCCCUGAUUUUAAAUCGGUCCACCAUGCUUUCAGCUGACAAGCCAGAAGCUAUGGACAUUCCUUGCUAACGCUUUCUGCCCCUCAACUUCAUUUUCCUCCUUCAGGAUGCGUGUUAAAAAUCUACCUCUUUGACCAAAAGAGGUCAAAACUUGGUUUCUGCCCUAAUAUCUUGUUGUACAACUUUGUAACACCCCUCAGUAUCUUGGAACAAUCCAAUAUUUAAAAGGCAUCAUGAUAGAUACAACUUGUUGUUGGACACAUAUCACUGUUCCCUCCUCAUCUCUGGAUGAAUAAACUGUAACUCUUCACCUCA